AAUAAAUGUGAGGAAACAUAUAAAAAAAAUAUAAAGAAGCUCUAAUUUAGACAUCGGUUUAAAGGAGGUGAGACUAUUUAAUUACAUUUCUUCAAAUGUUUAAAGGAUGAGCUGCUGUGAGUGCUCUGUAACCUUAAUAAUUUUGAACUUAACAACAGAAACAGCUGCAUAAAAGCUCUCCCGCACUAACUCUUGUCUUGUACUUUUCCUACACCAAAAACCCUCCACACUCUUCUUCUUCUUCAAUCCCACUAGUCCUAACCAUCUAAGGGCCUCUCUAAUGCCCCCAAUUCGUUGCCUGCUCAUCCUCCUUUUCUUGACCCUCUAUGGCUUUCAGGGCUCCUAUAAGGCCACAGCCUUGGGAGUCAACUGGGGCACCAUGGCCUCCCACCCUCUCUCACCCCCCAAGGUGGUGGAGCUUUUAAAGUCAAACAACUUCACCAAAGUCAAGCUCUUUGACGCUGACCCACUUGUCCUUGAAGCUCUUUCUGGCUCUAAUCUUGGUGUCACCGUCGGCAUUCCAAAUACUAUGCUCAAAAGCUUGAACUCUUCCAAGAAGGUUGCCGAGAGUUGGGUCCAUGACAAUGUCACUCGUUAUGUUUCUAAUAGCGGCAGUCGAGUUCGAAUUGAGUACGUUGCUGUUGGAGAUGAGCCGUUUCUUCAAACUUAUGGAGAGCAGUUCUAUCCUUUUGUCAUUGGAGCAGCCAUUAACGUUCAAAAUGCUUUGCUCAAAGCCAAGUUGGAGAGCACGGUGAAGGUAGUAGUUCCUUGUAGCUUCGAUGCGUUCCUGUCAGAAUCCGGCCUCCCUUCAAAAGGGCAUUUCCGAGCUGACCUUAACAAAACCAUGAUUCAACUGCUCACAUUCCUAACCAAGCAUAGCUCACCUUUCUUUGUUACCAUCUCCCCAUUUCUAAGUCUCCACCAAAACAAAAACACCUCUCUCAACUUUGCUCUAUUCAAAGACACUGCGAAAUCUCGCAAUGAAAGCCACAGAACAUACAAAAACAGCUUUGACUUGAGCUAUGAUACUCUGGUAACGGCUUUGUCAACGGUAGGAUUCUCUAGAAUUGGUAUUGUUGUGGCACAGAUUGGUUGGCCUACAGAUGGAGCAGCCAGUGCAACCUCAGCCAGUGCAGAAACUUUUACAAAAGGCUUAAUGGAGCACCUUCACAGCAAAUUGGGAACCCCACCAAGGCCUAAAGAUCCACCAAUUGAUACAUACAUACUUAGCCUCUUAGACGAGGAUCAAAGAAGUAUAGCUGCUGGAAGUUUUGAGAGACACUGGGGUCUCUUCACUUUUGAUGGUCAAGCCAAGUACCGGGUUGAUUUUGGCCAAGGGUUAAAAAACCUUGUGAACGCACAAAAUGUUGAGUACCUUCCAUCAAAAUGGUGCGUGGUGAACAACAACAAGGACUUAUCUAAUGCAAGCGCAAGUGCGUUGGAGGCUUGUUCCUCUGCUGAUUGUACUGCAUUGUCUACUGGAGGAUCUUGUUCCAAUAUCAGUUGGCCUGGGAACAUAUCAUACGCGUUUAACAGUUACUAUCAACAGCAUGAUCAAAGUGCAGAUAGCUGUGACUUUGGUGGCUUAGGAUUAAUCACAACCGUUGAUCCAUCCAUUGAUAAGUGCAGAUUUCCGGUUGAACUUUGGACUUCUUACUCGCAUUCUUUUCAGAAGGCCUCUCUUCUUAGGACUAUAAUCUUGCUAGUGGCAGCCAUUUUGGUAUCUUAAAAGCGUUGAACUUUUGGACUUCUUACUCGCAUUCUUUUCAGAAGGCCUCUCUUCUUAGGACUAUAAUCUUGCUAGUGGCAGCCAUAUUGGUAUCUUAAAAGCAUUUUGGCAUAGAAAAUGGAUGGAUAUAUAUAUAUAUAUAUAUAUGUGUGUGUGUGUGUGUGUGUGUGUGUGAGAAAAGGGCAUUUUCUAAGAUCAUCAGGCCCGUUCUUGUGGAGGUCUUUUGUUGUAAGUUGUGUGAAGUGAGGAUUAAAUAUUCUUGAUAGCUCCCAUUUGAAGCUAACUUCUGAAAUGUCAGAAGGAGUUUUGGUAAUGAAACGUCAAGCAUUUGUUUUUCACGUGCUAAUGUAUGAAAUGUAUGUCACUAUAUGGGUUUAUGUCUUCCAUUGAAUAGGUUAGUAUCGU